GAGAGCUGUGAUUGGUCACAGCUUGUCACAUGGUACAAGGCUGUUGUGAAUAGCCUUGUACAAUGUGAUCAUUCACAGAUUUCACUAGUAGUAAGCAAUGAUGUCAGAAGUGACAUCUUGAUUACUACUAUUCAUGUGAUCACUGAUUAGCCAAUCAGUGAUCAUAUGAUCGGGACCUCACACAGAGGUGUCCGUACAGCAAUCUGUGUUCCGCUGUGUCCGGAGGAUUGCGCGGGCACCGGAUCGCAGUGCAGCGUGCUCCCAGGGAGAGCGCACAGGUAGCGAAUGCGGAGGCCGUUUAUAAAUAGCCACCCGCUCCUGCACUGCUCCCUUCCGGCC